AUGUCUGGCUACAAGUUGUUCUACUUUCCGGGCCGCGUUGGAGGAGAAAAAUGUCGACUUGCAUUUGCGGCUGCAAAGAUUGACUACGAGGACAAUCGAUUGGCAGACGAAGAAUGGGCAAAAGAGAAAGCGUGUAAGUAACAUAAACGUUCACCAGAUUGCUUAAAAAGCGCGCGACGGUUAUCUGUCGAUUCUUUUUAAUUCUAUGAUCUUAAAUAGCUGUCUAAAACGGAAUGCGAUCAAAGCCGACGGCAAAUACGCGUACAUUCGCUUGAUUUUCGAUUGGGUUUAAAGAUUUUAAUGAUGUGCGCUUCGCGAAUGCUGGAUUGGUAACUGAUUGAACUAAACUUGCUUAGUCAGGCUGACAACUGUGCUCACUCUUUUUAAUGGUUUCCGCCGACCACAAGUGGUAUCAUUGAUUUUAUUAUUAUUAUUAUUAUUAUUAUUAUUAUUAUUAUUAUUAUCAUUAUUAAUCACGCUGACAAGUGAGCUCACUCUUUUUAAUGGUUUCCGCCGACCACAAGUGGUAUCAUUGAUUUUAUUAUUAUUAUUAUUAAUCACGCUGACAAGUGUGCUCACUCUUUUUAAUGGUUUCCGCCGACCACAAGUGGUAUCAUUGAUUUUAUUAUUAUUAAUAUUAGUCGCCCUGACAAGUGUGCUCACUCUUUUUAAUGGUUUCCGCCGACCACAAGUGGUAUCAUUGAUUUUAUUAUUAUUAUUAUUAAUCACGCUGACAAGUGUGCUCACUCUUUUUAAUGGUUUCCGCCGACCACAAGUGGUAUCAUUGAUUUUAUUAUUAUUAUUAUUAAUCACGCUGACAAGUGUGCUCACUCUUUUUAAUGGUUUCCGCCGACCACAAGUGGUAUCAUUGAUUUUAUUAUUAUUAAUAUUAGUCGCCCUGACAAGUGUGCUCACUCUUUUUAAUGGUUUCCGCCGACCACAAGUGGAAUCAUUGGUUUUAUUGUUAUUAUUGUUAUUAUUAUUAUUAUUAUUAUUAUUAUUAUUAUUAACCCUACGUUUUUUAGGUUUCGUAGACUGCUACGAAAGGAAGUUGGUCUUUAAGUAAUAAGAGAUACAUUUUUUAAAUCGACGAGCUCCUGUAAUCUACAUUUCUUAUAGUUUCUGUGGCGGGAAAGUUACUCGUUUUCCGGGAAGGAGCCUGGCUUUGUAUGUAAAAUAAUUUCAAAUUACAAUUCAAAUAUUCUCCCGGUUUUUUAAUACUUUACCCGGUUGGUAUUGUAACUUUGAACCUUCUGAUUGUAUUCUCAUCGCAUGAACUGAACGAUCAGAAUAUAACGCGGAAACGCCAAUUUUGUUCUCAAUAGGCCCUCCAAGAAAUUACAUUUUCAAGUGACGGCGAUGAUCGAAUGGCGGCAAAAAUUAAAACUCAAAGAAAUCCGUAGGGCUUCCAACAAAACCCUCAAAAAUCCCUGGACCCAAAACUUAACCCCUCCAAGAACCAAGAACAUCUUCUGUUUUAACAGUGACAUAUUGUACAGAAAAACAACUUCAGAUAGUUUUGAACACCCCUUAAAAUCCAUACUUAAAUCAAGCCACCCAAAAAACUACUUGCUAAUUUCAGGAGCCCAUGCCAAAUUGGCUUUCUCAAAAAAUCCCAGAAUCAAAAAUCUCAACCCCCCAAAAAUUCCUUCGAUCACCCCCGCCACUUAAAAUCAGGAGUACCCCCCUCCUCCCCGCCCGAACGUUCAACGCUUUCCUUCCUCGAUGUGGGCGCUUUUGUAGCGAAGGAACUGGUGACGAAGCCCUAUAAGUUUGGCACGGUGAGGGAAGCGCACGCACGCGCAAGCGUCGAACGCGAACGCAACAAACAAGGGUCCGUCAAGUGCGUGGUCAUUUUGGCGUUACGCUCGACGGAAGAGGAAAAAAAAGAGAUUGCUUGUUGUCUAGGUUUGGCCAAAUGAUCGUGAAACUCUGAUGCGGCUCUCCAUUUUUUUUUUCUUUUUUUUUUUAAUAGUCGUUUAUUUACAAAACACAUGUUACAGUUACAAAUGUUAAAACUAAAAGAAAGUAUAUAACAGUAUUACAGAUUGGACCAAAAGUACAUAAAAACGAGAAAGAAUAAUACAGCAGUUCACACAAUUACAUUACACCUGUUAAUUAACAGAUUAUUCCGCUAAGUUGGAUUCUUACUAACUAAUUGAAGGAGGGGGUUUUUCGAAAUCAUACAAUCAUACCUCCUACUGAUUUUGGCCUUUGGCGGCUAUCCUAUAUAUGCCAAAACUAAAAACAAAAAUCAGCAAAUUCGAAUUUUGGGCGCGUUCCUUUACAGUCCUUUGUGGUUAAUAUUGGUACUCUAUGAAAGAGACAAAAAGACUUCCUGGUUUAGUGACAUAUUCACAUAUAAACAAAUGGUGCAUUUACAGCAGUUCGCAAAAGAUGUAGGGGUACCAUUUAUCAAUUGAAAGGAAUACCUUUUCUGCCAAAAAUAGUUCAUGAAUGGAUGAGGUGUUGGACCUCAGAUUGGAGCCCCCCCCCGUAU